UCUUUGUCACCGUUAUGGGCUGGGUUUUGUUAUUUUAUUUAUUAACCAAGGUUGAUACUCUUUGUAUGCAAAUUUUGAAUUAUUCGAUUAAAUGCAAGACUGAAAUGCUAAGCCGAUCAAAGUGAAAGUACACACCAAUUUGCCUCAGGUUGAGGGAGAGGGCUUAAAUUUAAUGGCAUGUUACAAUUUAUGAUGAUUAUUUUGUCAAUACAAAAUAUGUCGGAUACUUAUCACAUUUGAAAAUGAGAGAUGGCUCAGAUGGGACCGGCUUAGUUUGAAAAAGCUAUGGAAUUGGAAUCAGAGGCUGGAGGGACAGUCAAUACAGGAAAUGUCAAAAAGAACAUUCCCAUUAAACUAAAAACCCAGCCAAAGGCAGCUAAAGGAAGACCAAGGAAAGCUGCUAAACCAAAGAAGGAAGCAACACUACCGGAAAUCCCUCAACCAGUAGUGGAUGAGAACAGUGGUGUUGCCGACCCUGAGUUUAUUGAUGCCCCCAUCUUCAAACAACCUGGCGAGCCACUGCAUCAGAGUCAGCCUCUACGCUGGAAUCACAAGGUGAACUUGAUCGGAGAGAAGGUAGUGGAUCCUCUGAUACAUUGCUGUGACAAGUGUAAACUGCCCAUCCUCAUCUAUGGCCGGAUGAUUCCUUGCAAGCAUGUGUUCUGUUAUGAUUGUGCAAGAAAGACAGACAAAGUAUGUGCAAGGUGUGAAGAGAAUGUUCAGCGGAUAGAGCAGUCAGCUCUGGGUACGGUUUUUGUCUGUAGCUACGGGGGCCCCAAGCAUGGGGACGGGGGGUGCAGGCGCACUUACCUGUCUCACAGGGACCUACAGGCCCACAUCUACCACAGGCACAUGAGAACAGACUCGGCUAAAUCUUCCUCCAGCUCAAACACCGGAUCUGGAGGAAGUAAAUCUGUAGUGGAACAAUACACUACAUCUAAAGGGAGCUCCAAGUCACAGCAUUCCACACCAGUCAUAGAGCAGUAUACAACUGCAGCAGGAAGACAUGCCACCGGGGACAGCCAUUUAAACUUACCACACUCCUCCCGCCCGAGUGAUGCCAUGUUUCAGCAGUCUAUGAUGAGUCAGAUGCCUCCCCCUAGUCAGGCCCUGCCCACUCAGACCAUGCUCCAGGGCCCCCCACCCAGACUACCAUUAUCUCAGGGCCAGGCACCCACCCAGACCAUCAUACCGGGACAACAAGCUGACAGCUACCAGCUCUCUUCUAUGUCAGGAAUGGCGCCUGGGAGAAAGACGAACCUCAUCACUGUUCCCCUGCAAGAGGAGCCUGAUUACCGGAGGAGAGACCUGGCUGGUGGAUACAGCUCGCUUACUCCCUCUACAUUCUCAACACCAAUGCCCAUGCCUGGAAACAUCGCCCCACAGCAAGGAUUCCCAUCCAUGCAUCAAGGUCCCUCUCUGACGUCCAUUGGGGUUUUCCCCCCAUCAGGGCCCCCUCCCUUCAAUUCCCCUCCAUUAAGGUCACAACUGGCAGUCUCCUCUGGUGUAAGUGUUCCCAUUUCCCACCCGCCCCCGAUUAGUGUACCUGGCCCUAACCUUUCCACACCACCCCCUCCCCUCCUAUCUGGCCCUAGAAUGCCAAUACAAGGCAGCCAGCCGCCCAGAUUCGGGAGCCCCCAGGGACAUUUUAAUGACAGUUACGGACAGAGUGGGUCAGGGGGUCAGAACCCCCAUGGACCGUGGAAUGCUCCCCCUCCCCAGAGGAGUAGUGGGGGUCAGAGUCAGAGAGCCCAGUCAGACAGCUACCAGUAUUAUCAGUGAACUACAGAGCUAGUGUUAGACCUGAUUUGGGAGAUAUCUAUUUUUAGGCACAAAGACGUGUUCUUGAUGUUGUAUGUAAUGUUACAUUAUGAUAGUAUGUUAUUAUGUGUAAGAGAGUGUUUCAUUGUAACAUUGUGAAAAUCUUGUACAUUUAUAUAAAACAUAUUUUUUAAAUGUGUUUCAACAAAUAAUGACAUAGCUACAAUAAAAAGCCUAGAAUUGAGA